ACCAAGAUGGCAACGUCCAUAGCGCUCAGCUUGGAUAACUUACCGUCUGAUCCCUUACUACUGGUGCUGUCAUUCCUGGACUUCCGUGAUCUUAUCAGCUGCAGUUUUGUAAGUCGUCGUCUCAAUGAGCUGACAGGCCAUAACCCUCUAUGGAAGACUUGUCAGAAACACUGGCUUCUUUCAGAGGCAGACAAAACCCAAAGAGGCCUUUCCUGGAAAGAUCUUUUUCGGGAGUAUUAUGCUGAUCUGGGUCGUUAUUUUGACUACUACAGCACUCUCAAGAAAGCCUGGGAUGAUCUAAAGAACUACCUAAACCAGAAAUGUCCUCGAAUGAUAGCUUCACUUAAAGAAGGAGUAAGGGAGGAUGAGCUGGACACUAUUGAGGCCCAGAUUGGCUGCAAACUGCCUAAUGACUACCGUUGCUCUUAUAGGAUACACAAUGGACAGAAACUAGUGGUCCCUGGGCUGAUGGGCAGCAUGGCUUUGUCCAAUCACUAUCGCUCAGAGGACCUGUUGGAUAUUGAGACAGCAGCGGGAGGGUUUCAGCAGAGGAAGGGUAUGCGGCAGUGUCUUCCACUCACAUUUUGCUUCCACACCGGCCUCAGCCAGUACAUGGCUCUGGAAAGCACAGAGGGACGAACACGCAGUGAGAUCUUCUAUCAGUGCCCGGAUCAACUGGCACAAGAUCCCUCUGCAAUUGACAUGUUCAUUACUGGUGCUAACUUUACUGAGUGGUUUACUUCAUAUGUUGACAAUGUUGUAACAGGCGAAUACCCCAUCAUUCGGGACCAGAUCUUCAGGUAUGUUCAUGAUAAGCGCUGUGUGGCAACCACUGGUGACAUCACUGUAUCAGUCUCUACCUCCUUCCUGCCAGAGCUCAGUUCAGUCCAUCCGCCACACUUUUUCUUCACCUACAGAAUCAGGAUUGAGAUGGCCAAGUCGGCCCUGCCAGAGAAAGCCUGCCAGCUGGACAGUCGCUACUGGAAGAUCACGAACGCAAACGGAAACGUGGAGGAGGUCCGAGGACCUGGCGUUGUGGGUGAGUUUCCAGUGAUGACACCUGGUAAAGUUCACGAGUAUGCCAGCUGCACCACGUUUUCCACUACUUCCGAGUACAUGGAAGGCCACUACACAUUCCACCGGCUCAAGAACAAAGAGGAAGUGUUUGACGUUUCCAUCCCACGAUUCCACAUGGUGUGCCCACCGUUCCGCGAGUCAGUGGUGCGCUCCAGCUCGGUCAGUGAGGUGUCUGCUCCUUAUGAUGAUGAGAAUUCAUCAGACACGGAUGACUACGAGGAGGGAGAAAUGCGUGGCAUGAACAUGGCUGACCCAGGGGGACGCUGUCCUCGGCAUGUCUGAUGCACUUUUUAAGCGUCUCCGGCCAGCAAGCGCCUACAGACACACUCGCACAAACAGGAGAGCAGGAGGACAAAUGGAGCUUUUAGGCCUCCAUUGUUUAUUGUUCAGCGCCUUUGUGCCUGUCACCUCUUGAACGUUUUCUCCCGUUUGUGAGGGCAUGUGUCUGGUUGUGGCGUGUUUGUGUCUGCGCGCGCCCGUGGAUGUGUGAGAUCAUUGUGUGUGUGUGUGUGUGUGUGUGUGUGUGUUUGAUUGAGAGUUUACUGAAUGUGUGUGAGAUUCUGUGAGAUUUGUGUCCUUAUGAUUGGGUUUCACUAUGACCUGCCACUUACCCAAAAGGGAUAGUUCAGCCCAAAAGGGAAAGAUAUUUAGUCUUUCUGUCUUACUUAAGACACAAAAGUAAGAUGCAUUUAAUUGUCAAUGUGUUGCUUUGGAUUUUUAUUGCUUAAAACUAGUUUUUGGAAACAAAACGAUUUGGAACGGACUGGUCAUUUUGGGUGAACUAUCCCUUUAAGACUUUACAAUUGCAGUAAGAGCAUGAUGGGGAAAUAUGACACUGUUAGCAGAAAAGAACGCGCACACUGAAUCGGGAUACACACUGUGUGUGUUUGUACGUAUAUAUUCUCGAUUGUAUACUUCACAAAAAAGGCAAAAAUGAAUCGAUCCCAUUCAUUCUAUCACAAGGCCUCAGGUAUUGCGUAGUAUGUAUGUGCUUGUACAUAGAUGUUUGUGAUUGUGUCAUCUGUAUGGUGGGUUUUGGGGACAGGCUGAACUCCAGACUAUAAGUGAAACUGGUUUAUUCGAUGCUGAGUAAAAAGCACAGUAAUUAGCCAGUUAAAGGGAUAGAUCACUCAAAAAUGAAAAUUACUCACCCUAAAUUGGUGGAGUUUCUUUCUUCUGUUGAGCAUUAAAAUAAAGAUAUUUUGAAGAAAACUGCAACCAAAGACUUCCAUUGUAGGAAAACAAAUACUAUAGAAGUCAAUGGUUACCGGUUUAAAACAUUUUUUUAAAUAUCUUUUUUUGUGUUCAACAGAAGAAAGAAACUCGUAAUAAAUUAAAACAAGUAAAGGGUGAGUAAAUGAUGACAGAAUUUUCAUUUUUGGGUGAACUAUGCCUUAAACGUCUGCCAACCUGCACAAGCAAUCAGUUACCAGUUUGGUCUAGUUCUGGUUUAGCUGUUCAGAGGUGCUGAUGUCCUGUUCUCAGAAGCGCUGGAUGGAUGUCGGCUGAAGGUCAGCUAAGAGCACAUUGGUGUGAAGCAGAUAGUUUUUAGCUCUGAUCAUCGUAAGGGCUGGAGGUUACACAGACUGGUGUGAAUAGUGAGAUAAGAUAAUUUUAUGACAAGUUUAUGGCAUUAUUAUGACAUUUUCUACUUUUUUCCCCUUUAAAAUGCUGUGUAGGCGGUAAACGAUGAGGAAAACAUCUUUGUUGUACAGCUCCAGAUUGAAAUAUAGGCAGACUGCAUUUUUUUUCUUCCUCCUUUCCUGAUAAUGGCAAUGUGAGCUAAUCUUGCCUAAAGAUGUGUAUGAUUUGAGUUUCAUGUUUAUGACUGCAAUUAUAUGUUAUCAACUUUGUAAAAUAAUGCUGUGCAGUGGGAUUUUUCAACAGUUUGCUAUCAUGUUCUCCGUUUAGCCCUACCAAAAGAUUAGUCUCAGAUUAGUUUACUUUUUUGGGUUGUUUAUUUUUUAUGUGUUUUUUUAUUUGGAGUAAAUAAAAAGAUAAUGGUGUAUAAA